AUGUCGGACUCGAACAACAUGUUCUCUACUGGCAAUGGCUGGUACCCUCAACAGUCAACUGGCGGCAGCGAGAACUACCCACAACAUCGCAUGAACUACGGUCGUGCCCCCGCAAGCACCGGCGAAGACUCUCGCAACCUCUCAUCGUACCAGCCUGACCAAGACAAUCAUUUCGGCGUCCYAUCCAACAGCACUAACAGCACCGACCCACGCGACGAUGCUGAGGAUGGCGCUGCCCCAUUGGAUUUCGGAAUGUACGGCGACGCAAUGAACAGCGACGGAUGGAACAGCGACGCAUUCACUCUACCCGAAGCUAGCUACUUCGGCCUUGACUCUUUCGCCCUUCUUGAUUACGGACUGGGACCUGUUCUUCCCUCCGACACUUACAGCAAUGACAUUGCUCCAGAGGUUCGCUCCAGCGAGUCAGUCUCGACCGCUAUGACACAAGCGCCAGUCAAUGACGGAAACAUCUUCYCUGCACCACCGGCAUCAGUCGGCGCGAGACAAAGUAAUAUCCUCGACAAACCGACUUCCCACGCAGAUACACUUCCGGCCGGGCGCAGUGCAGGCCGACCGGCUGCGUCAAAUCUCGGUACCAUGUACAACUUCGGCUCAAGCACGUCUGGCUCGACCUUCUUUCAGCCAGAGGAUGUUGCCCAGGCGAACGCCAACGCUCCUAUCAGGGCACCUAUGCAAAUGCCAAUGCCUCGCGAGCAAGCUCUACACUCCCACCCUAGCAGUAGCUCCACCGAGGAUGACACUACGCCUGUUCGUGGACCCGAUUUUCACGUCGACACCUCCCAUGAUAAUGGCAGCAGUACUCCUCAUGAUACGCAGACGAGUUCCUCGACGAAUGGUCCUUCAAAGAUCUCGCCGGCUGACAAUGUCGUUUUGCCACCAUCUAUCGCACAGUCCGCCCCCGCCAAACAGCUGGCCUCUAUCAAGCACUUGACUAGCAAUAUCCACACCGCUGAGUUCAGCAAGAUCCAAGGWGGCGCACGUGGAUAUUUGUACGCGCUCCGUCGUCAGAUCCGACCUAAGGAGGGAUCAGCUUCCGUCGACGAAUUCCUUCAGAACAAGGAUUACUUCGUCACGGAACUCAAAGAUGCGAUGCGUGAGACGCCUUCUUUCCCGGCGGGCUCUACGCGGAAGCUAAAUGACAGAACAAGUGCGGCAAUGGCCACUAGGCUAGACGCCACGUUGGGUGAUAUUGCGACAGAGAUGGACGUCGACAUGGCAGCAAGUGCAGUGGCAUGUCUUUUGUACGAUGCAUUUAUCAAGCUGAUCACCCAGGGUGAUCAUUUCUUGGCCUCCGCAAUGCCGAACCACUCGACAUUCAAGCAAAUGGAUGAUGAAUGGACGCCAAAGAAGCGCUGGGCGCAAAUCUUGCAGGGAUUGCGCGAGUGCAAGACAAUCCCAGUGAACUUGCUGAAGGCUGGGGACCAUGCCUUUGCCGAGUUUGUGGCGGAGCCAUACAGCCGGCGCAAUGCAUUGUUUGUCUACGCGGCAAGCAAUGAAGGCAAGAAGAUGAGAAAGGAGGCGAUGAAGGCCAAGCUGGAUGCCUUCGAGGCUAAGGCUUCCGCUGAUGCUACCGCCAAUUCUGAGGGCGGUGCUGCUGCAGCUGGCACGGAGGUGGACAACGAGGCUCCCGCGAAGCGUAAGCGUGGGCCCUACAAGAAGAAGACGUCGCCAGGAGAUUUGGGCUUGGACUGA